AUGGCCGCAUUAUCCAAUCUGAUUAGCACGGGCCGUAUAACCGAUCAAGGGGCGGACGCGGAUGCAUAUCCCUGUUAUGCCGGCGCCGGAUACGAUUCCCGAGACUGCCAGCAGAUCCAAAAAUAUUACAACCGCCCGGGUUUCCUGAUCGGUAAGGCCGGCAGCAUGCAAGCCUUCAACUGGGAAGAUCUCGGCAAUCAACGCUGCACACUCGAAGGCGCUAAUGAAUGGAACAUGCAGUGCCAGUUUGGCCGUACGCCCGCCUUUGCCGUAGAUGUCCAUGUUCCCGAUGAUAUCCAGAAAGCAUUGGCCUUUGCCAGUCAGCACAAUCUGCGGGUGGUCAUUAAGAGUACCGGACACGAUUAUUUCGGACGUAGCACCGCACCCGGCGCACUGCUGAUCUGGCUGCACAACUUCCAGGGACAACUGGAGACGAAGAUGACCUUUACGCCUAGUGGAUGUGAUGCCAGCAGUCAAACUGUGGAUCCGGUUAUUACGGUCACCGGUGGAAAGACUUGGGACGAUGUUUAUCCAAAGGUCGACCAAGAUUUCAACGGAAAGUACUGUAUUGUUGCCGGCUACUGCAUAGACAUUGGCGCCGCUGGUGGCUACACCCUGGGCGGUGGGCACAGCAUCCUCUCCACGGUGUUUGGUCUGGCGGUGGACAAUGUUCUCGAGAUGACCGUCGUCACCGCCGACGGGCAGUUGCUCACCGCCAACUCUUGCCAGAACAAGGAUCUUUUCUGGGCACUUCGCGGCGGUGGCGGCGGGACUUUCGGUGUCGUGACCUCCAUUACCUUUGAUGCCGCUGGGUGGGGCGGCUACCAUUUCUACAACCCCGCCUUCGGUUUCAGCUUCAUGUUCUUGAAACUGGCGGAUGCGGGGAGCACAAGAGCGUCGCCGCCUUUCGACCAGUUGCUGAAGGAAUUUACCGAUAUGGAAGUGGCAUCGAGAGUCCUAGCUCGACCGUUUGCCAACGUCGGCACUUACUAUAAACAUUACGACCGUUUAGAGUGCGCAGACGUCUUUCUGCGGCAGGAUUGGCGCUCAUGGAGCGAUACCACCGGCAUUUACGACGGUUUCUACGCUGGAUCGCGCGUGGCCCUCGGGAGCCGACUGAUCCCAGUCACUUCUCUUGUACAGUCCCGUACCACCGCGCAGACCAUUCUCGCAGGUGCAUCCAAACUGGGCCAGCUUGCCACAUUCGGUUUCCUGCAUAUUAACGGCAACGGCGUCCGCAACAAUCCGCACGCCGCAGACACUUCCGUAACUCCGGCAUGGCGGAAAUCCGGCUGGCACGCCAUCCUGGUGACCGGAUGGGACGGCAGUACCUCCGAAGAGGAUAUUGCGUUUGUAAAGGGGCUCCUGGAAAGCGGGACCCAAGUAUGGCGGGAUGCGUACCCCGAUUCCGGAGCGUACUUCAACGAAGCGUCCACGACGGAGCCGAAUUGGCAGCAGGCGUUCUGGGGCAGUAAUUAUCCACGGCUGCAGCAAAUUAAGAAGACGGUGGAUCCUAACGGCAUGUUUGUAUGCAGCCAGUGCGUUGGUAGCGAAUCGUGGGACGCGACAGGAAACUGUCGCAUUUAG